AUGCUUUCUCACGCAUACUCCAAGCUACACCUUCUCUCCCGUUUCCUCUCCCUCCUCUCUUCACACUCUCGCGCCUUUCUCCCCGUCUUCCCCCUCUACAUCAUCGCCAUUCCCCGCAUCCUCUCCCUGCGCCGCCAAAUUUACCGGUGCGCGUUCAAGGCGCAGACGGGCAUCUACCGGUGCUCGUUCAAGAAGCAGACGGGCGUGAGCCUCAAGAACAUGAUGGCGCACGGCGCCUUCCCCACGGAGCGCAAUCUGCUCUCCUCCGCGCAGUUCCUGCAGCAGGAGCUGCCCGUGCGCCUCGCCCACCGCGUCACCGAGCUCGAGAACCUCCCCUACGGCCUCUCCACAAAAGCGCCCGUGCUCAAGGUGCGCGACUGGUACGUGGACUCAUUCAAGGACAUCCGCGGGUUCCCGGCCAUUGAGAGCCGCGAGGAGGAGCUGCGCUUCACGCACCUGCUGGCGCAGGUCAAGAUGCGCCACAACAACGUCAUCCCCACGAUGGCGAUGGGAAUCAACGAGUUGAAGCAGGACCUGGGGCGUAAGGGGCGUCUCGACGACCUGCUGGAGAUCCACCAGUUCCUCGACCGAUUCUACAUGUCACGCAUCGGCAUCCGCAUGCUCAUUGGCCAGCACGUCGCCCUGCACGACCCCAACCCGCCCCCCCACUUCAUUGGCCUCAUCUGCACCAAGGUAUCGCCAGUGGAUGUGGCGCGCAAUGCAGUGGAUGAUGCGCGGUCGGCAUGCAUGCGCACGUAUGGCUCGGCGCCUGAGGUGGAAAUUUACGGGGACCCCGACUUCACAUUCGCCUACGUGCCAACGCAUCUGCACCAGAUGGUGUUCGAGCUGUGCAAGAACUCUCUACGCGCCGUGCAGGAGCGAUUCGCUGAUGCUGACACCGACCCGCCGCCCAUCCGUGUGGUGGUGGCGGAUGGGAUCGAGGAUGUGACUAUAAAGCUCGACAUGCCUGCCUGCCUCCUGCUGCCUCCCUCUCACCAGCACGCCCUUUUCCCCCUGUGCUGCGCCCCCUCCUCGUUUCCCCGAUGCUGUGCUGCGUCCCUCUACCUGCAGAUAUCAGAUGAAGGAGGGGGCAUCCCGCACAGUGGCCUACCGCACAUCAGGACAUACCUCUACAGCACGGCGCGCUUGCCUGCUGCCACCUCUCACUCACCACCAUGCCAUCUCCCCCCAUGCGAUGUGUGUCCUCCCCACCCCACCCACCCCUUUCAGAUAUCAGACGAGGGGGGUGGUAUCCCGCGCAGUGGUCUACCGCGCAUCUGGACGUAUCUCUACAGCACAGCCCGCUCACCUGCUGCUGCUGGCGCUCUGCAGGACACUCCCUCCAUCAUGUGCGUGCCGGUGGUGGGGUGGUUGGGGGGAGGGAGUGGGGAAAUGUUGAUGUGUGGGGGGCUGUGUACUAUCGCGGUCCCCUCCGCGGAAUCCCCUUCCACGAGCGACGAUCCGCUUGGCGCGGAGCGGCAGUACCGCGGAGUGCGGCAGCGGCGGUGGGGGCGGUGGGUGUCGGAGAUCCGCGAGCCGCGGCGGGGUUUGCGCAUCUGGCUGGGGUCGCACAGCAGCGCGGAGCAGGCGGCGCGAGUGUACGACGUCGCCGUGCGACUGCUGCGAGGCGACGGCGCGAUCCUGAACUUCCCUAACGACCAGCGAGAGGUGCUCCUGCCUCCCGCCAUCGCGGAGACUCUCAUCCACGCCUGCGCGGCCCUCUCCUCCAAGGACUCGCUGCCUGACGCUGACAGCACGGCACCCCUCCGCCCUCUCCUCUCCUCCGCCCACACACGCGUGGCCCCCUCCUCCAGUGACUCGCUGCCACGUGGUGCCACUGCUGAGCCCUGCGCUGCUCUCGCUGCCCCUGGCUCGCUGGCGGAGGAGGGAGUGAGCCUUACUGCUGCUGCUGCUUUAAUGGGCACUGGGACGGGCGACAGUGCGGGUAGUGGUGGUGAGGAUGAGCAGAGAGGGGAGGUGGAGGGGGAAUCGGUAGAGGAGAUGGUGGAGGAACAACAGGAGAAGCUGCAACAGCAGGAGCAGGAGGUGUGGGGGGAUGAGUUGGAAACGCUACUGGCAUGCGAGCAACAGAUUAGGCAGCAGGUGGCACAGGAGCAGGCGGAGGGGGAACAGGUGGAGGAAGAGCAGGCGGGGGAAGAGCAGGCAGAGGGGGAGCAGGCGGAAGGGGAGCAGGCGGAGGGGGAGCAGGCGGAAGGGGAGCAGGCGGAGGGGGAGCAGGGGGAAGGGGAGCAGGCGGAGGGGGAGCAGGCGAAAGAGGAGCAGGUGGUGGAGGAGCAGGCGGAGGGGGAGCAGCAGGGAGGGGAGCAGGAGUGGCAGGUUGAUUGGUUGCUGGCAUGCGAGCAGCUGCCACUGGACGAGUUCACUGUGUGUGAUUCUGAGCCUGAGGGUGCUCUGCUCGCUCGUGCCCCGCUUGCUGCUCAUACACUCACCUGGGGCACUGUGAGGCCCGCUCGCCCACUGCUCCCCUGCUGCCUGCCCCCUGCGCUGCAGACCAUGCCCUGA